GCAUGCAGACCUUACCGCCAUUACAAGCAUCUGGACCCAGUUUAUAUAGCUUGCAUAUAUACGACAUUGGCGCCCUUGUUCUCAUUGCCUUCUCUGCUGAUCGAUGGCCGAGGGUAAGGCAGUGAGCCUCGUCUUCCGCAUCGCCGCGGUCGUGCUGUCCGUGGCGGCCGCCGUCGUGAUGGGCACCGCGAGCCAGUUGAUCGUCGUCGGUGGCGGCCGCGGAUCAUCGUCGAGCUACGUGGUCUCUUACAGCCAUUACAACGCGCUCGUGUACUUCGUGGCGGCCGGCGCGAUCUCGGCCGUCUGCUCGGCGCUGGCGCUGUACACGUCCGCCGUGCGCGAGGCCACCAUCGGCUCGCUGCCGCUGGUGCCCCUCCUCGACGCCAUCGCCCAGGCCUUACUCUUCUCGGCGGCCGGCGCUGCCUUCGCCGCGCGCGGCGUGGUUGGCGUCGCGGCUGGCCCGUGGGGAAGCCCAGGAAGCGUGUGCGACGCAGCUGGCGCGUUCUGCGGCAGGGUGAGCACCGCGGCGGCCAUCGGCGUGUUCGCGGCCGCGGCCGUGGCCGUCGCGGCGCUGACCUCCAAGGACGCUCGCCGCAGCUCGGGAAGCUGCUGUGACUUGGGAUGAUAAGCACGCGCGUAAGGCUGCUGCGCGCCAUUAUAUUGCUCGCACGUUUUUCAGCUGGUGCUGCGUUUCUUGCUGUGUUCAUGCCGGCUCUUUAGUUUGUACGUUAGCUGCUUAUCUGGGAUCGUCUAUAGACUUUGAAGUGUGAAUAGUGAGGUACUGAGAGUUGUCGCAAUUGUACGUAUGUGGUUUAUCCGAUUAAUUCAGGAACGGCAAGACAUAUAUACAUGUUCAAUAUCGACGUUGUCAGUUGUUACUGUAGCGUGCCUGUAAAACAUCGAUCUGGGGUUGAGAUCAGACUAUGAAAAGGUCAAAAAAUUCUCAUCAUUUUAAACUUUUGGAUGAACUGGCUGCACCAUGCAUGCGUAUGAUGUGUCGAGCAACUGAGGCAGCGUUUGGACAACAGAAGCUCGAACGUUCACGAGCCUCUUGGGCUUGGGCCCCCAGUGAAAUUCCGUCUAGUAAAAGGCCGCGGUCCACCUACAGGCCCAAUAAAAGAUGGAGCUCUUCCUUCUAUGUCUCGUCUUCCAAAACAUGACAGGA